CCAAAAUGGCGGCACGAUUGAAAAGUUUUGUCUGUUUUAUCCGAGUUUUUCUUCUUUACAGACUAUUUCUCUAGUUGUGUUAGCGACACGGAAGCGGGCAGUUUUCACACGGGUGACACGCCGGCAUUUUUCUCUAACGGUUGUGGAUUAAGUCAAAAACCGGGAUGGCGUUUUGCUAUCAGCUCAAAUUCGGGCAUCACUUUACCAGUGCUAGGCUAGGCUAAGCUAGGCUAGCAAGCUAACUACUUUCAGAUGAGUGCUGGUUAAAAGCUUCGGUAGUUAUGUCUCGUCUUACCUGGGUGUCCACGCUGAACUGAAUAUGAAGAAGAGGACAUUUACGUAGAAAUGGAGGAUGAUGUGAAAAAAGUGAAAAAGCCUGGUAUCGUGUCUCCUUUCAAGCGAGUCUUCCUGAAAGGCGAGAAGGGAAGAGACAAGAAGGCCCAGGAGAAGGCCACUGAGCGCAGGGCGCUCCACACUUUCUCACUUUCUCAGCCUGACCACCGCAUCGACCCUGACAUCCUGCUUAAUGACUAUAUUGAGAAGGAGGUCAAAUACUUGGGGCAGCUUACAUCAGUUCCAGGAUACUUGAACCCAUCAAGUCGCACAGAAGUGCUGCAGCUCAUUGACAAUGCAAGGAAGUCCCAUCAGUUGGCAGGCCAGCUGACAACAGAACAGGAUGCAGUAGUGAGCUUGUCGGCGUACAACAUAAAGCUUGUAUGGCGAGAUGGAGAGGACAUCAUCCUGAGGGUGCCCAUCCAUGAUAUUGCUGCUGUCUCCUACAUCAGGGACGACUCUCUACACCUCGUGGUUAUCAAAACAGCCCAGGAGUCAGGAGGUUCUCCUUGUCCCAGCUCGUGUCCUGAGCUCAACAAGUCUCAGACCCUGAGCUCCUUAUCAGAGAGUGGAGCUGUGCUUGUGGAAGUCUGCUGUCUGCUUGUGCUGGCUGUUGAUAAUAAGGCGGCAGCAGAGGAGCUGUGUCUUCUUCUCAGCCAGGUCUUUCAGAUUGUUUACACAGAAUCAACCAUUGACUUCUUGGACAGAGCCAUUUUUGAUGGCGCAACUACACCUACCAGACACCUUUCUCUUUACAGUGAUGAUUCCUCAAGCAAAGUGGAUGUUAAAGAGGCCUUUGAAGGAGAAGCCAGCACAUUUCCUUUCCAGGUAUCUAUGGAGGCAGAAGGAAACUCUCCAUCAGCAUCCACCCCAGCAUCCCCUCAGACGAAGACUGCAAGUGAAGGAGAGCUCAGCACCACUGCUGCAGAGCUGCUGCAGGACUACAUGACCACACUGCGGACAAAACUAUCAUCACAGGAGAUCCAGCAGUUUGCCACCCUGCUCCAUGAAUACCGUAACGGUGCUUCCAUCCACGAGUUCUGUAUUAACCUGCGACAACUCUAUGGGGACAGCAGGAAGUUCCUUCUACUCGGCCUGCGUCCCUUCAUACCAGAGAAGGACAGCCAGCACUUUGAGAAUUUCCUUGAGACCAUCGGUGUGAAGGACGGCCGAGGCAUCAUCACAGACAGCUUUGGUCGUUACCGGCGUACCGCCAGCUCCGCCUCCGAUUCCACCACCAACGGCAAUGGAGCAGUUGGGGGAAGUGCCGCCUCAGACGAAGGCCAGGAUGCCUCUGAGGGAGACGAAUGGGACCGUAUGAUCACCGACAUCAGUAAUGACAUCGAAGCUCUCGGUUGCAGCAUGGACCAGGACGGAGUGACGCCCUGACGCAGCGGACGAAGGAAGGUAUUUUUUUGCAAGCGCUGACGACACAUAUUGAACAGUAGGCUUGAGCUGAAUGGAUCAGAUGAAGGUGGUCCUUAGCACUGACCUAAGAUUUUGGUUAAUUGUAUUUUCCUCUGAUUAUCAAGAGGACGUUCCAUAGUCCCUACGCACUCAAGAAAAACCUCAACUUAUUACCACAAAAACAUGAAGUCAACAAAUGCACUUAUGCAGACCCUGUAGAUGGCAUGCGGCGUUGGCUAUUUUUGCAUUUCAGAAGGACUUAAAGCCUCUGAUAUAUAUUUUUUAAAGUUUCUUUGAUUUUGUACUCGUUUAUUGGCAGUAUCUGCCACGGCUGUCAGCAAUGUAGCGAAAAUCUCCAGAGAAUAUUCCGCUCUGUUUUGAAUCCCCUCAAAGACUCUGGAGCCUCCAUCAGAGGACUGUGUACAUGUUUUCGAAGGCUAAGACUGAGGCUGUACUUGUUUGUGCUUUUGUAUAACUAUAGGUCAAUCAGCUUCAUCCACCUGGAGAAUUUUGGUUUUCUUCAUCUAUUUCACAUUUUGUGUGUCGCUGUGAGAGUGUAACAUUUUUGCUAUAUGUAAUUUUGUUUUUCAAUAAGACUCGCGUACCACUCUGUUUUACACUAUCAUUUUUUUGUUAUCAGUGUUUACUCAUUUAUAUAUUUUUGCCUUAUUCAAACUGACCAAGGAAAUGCUGUAAAAACAAAAAUUCUCGCUCAGUUGAAGCGAUUGAGUGAGGACUGUUUUUUUUUUUGACAAAGCCAGUUAGGUUAUGGCUGAUGUAAAUUUAUGAUUUGUGUUCCUCUCCUGCAGGUCAUCUUUUUAUGUCUUGUGACAUUACAUUUAUCUGUCAUUGUGCCUUUACACUGCAGUACUGCUGCCAACUGUCUGUCUCCCGCAGACAGGUAAUUAUAAACUGUAACUACAGUUGUUGAGCAAAUCAUGGUUAUUAAAUAACAGCUACUUUA